UUUGAUAAAAUACGCCAUUUGUAUAUGAUUACGCGCUUCUCAGCACCUGCAAAUUAUCAGUGUUUUUAGCAGCCUUUUGCGUAUUGGUGAAUGUGUGGGCAACAGUAUGUAUAUGCGAUAUGUCGAGCCAUCCAACUGUUGAAAUAAUCGAUUUCACUCGACCAGAUGGCAGCAGAAAAAAUCUUUUUAUUAGUAGUAUACCGGCAGUUCUUCACGAAGAUGAUGUCGUGGUGGAGCUUAGGAGGAUAUUUGACCCCUAUGGAUUGGUGUAUGGUGUACAAGUUUAUCCAACAAAAUGGAAAUCUAAGCAGGACUCAGAGCAAGUUACAGGGGAGACAACCAGUGGUUACUAUGCUUUUGUGACAUUUUAUUCGGCCAUUGCUGCAACGGCAGCAAAAGAUGAUCUUAGAGGAGUGGUGAUGUUGGGCGAUCAUGAAUGCAAGAUUGCCUUUGCAAAGAGGAAGAAAGAUACAAUAGACAAACAUCAGCUGUAUUUCACCAGAUGCUAUGAGUUGAUAGGUUAUUAUUUAGGCUUCAACUCGUGGUCAACAUCCAUUAAAACUUUGUUUGAAGAUAAAGCGAGUGGGGAGGAGACAGUUCACACCAAGACUGUUAAGUAUGUUUGCCUGAUGGAAUUGAAGGUGUUGGACUUGAAAACUGAUGGUAUAGGAGUUUGGCAAGAAACUUUCUCCAAAACAGAGCCAAUGAGUAGAAUCCAGGCAACAUGUAAAUGUAAGAAAUUAUGUCAUCAACGUGCAAUAGAAAACGCUUUCUCUAAACUCCUACUGGUUACCCUCAGUAAUGGCAAAGCUAUGGUAGAACUUGAUACCACAAAACCAGAGUUUAGGUGUGAUAAUAUACCAGAAGAUCAACUGGUAAAGGUAAAUGAACUAGAUGUGAAGCCAGAAUCUGAGGCAAUAAUGGAGGAUAUAACAGAUGAUCUCAGCAUCUCCAAUAAGAUAUCAGCUGGUGAAAUGGAUGAUAUCAAUUUGCAUAUACUUCAAGAACUAGAGGAGGACAUGUCAUUUUAAUGAAAGCUUAUAAUGUUUAAGAUAUCAGCUGAUGAAAUGAAUGAUAUGAAAAAAUUUACAUACUCUUCAAGAACUGGAGGAGGAAAAAUUUACAUACUCUUGAAGAAUUGGAGGAGGAAAUAUUGUCUAAAAGAACACUCGAUACGGAAAGUAAUCUGAGAGGAAUAUUACUGAUGAUGUCAAUCUGUCCAGUAAGAUAUCAGUAGGGGAAAUGGACAGUAUAAAAAAAUUAACAUAGUCUUCAAGAUCUGGAGGAGGAAAAAUCAUCUAAAUGAACACUCAAUACGGAGAGUAAACUGUGAGGAAUAUUACUGAUGAUUUCAGUCUAUCCAGUAAGAUAUCAGCAGUAGAAAAAUGGAUGAUAUCAGUUUAGAUAUAUUUAAAGAGACAUCAAUGCAUAAUUUUAACAGUAUAAACAGUAUCUAGUCCCCACUUUUUGAGAAAUGAUAAAAUGUUGUUAAUUGAUGAAUUGAAAGUGAGACUACAGUAUAUUAACAUUUUCUGUAAGCGUAAAGGUACUGCAUGGAUUUUAGUGUCUUACUUAACCCUUACACUGCUAAAUUUCUAUAAUGAACUUGUCCAUCUUUCAAUUUGGAUAGUACCAUUAACUGUCAAAAGGGGUGUUUACCAAAAAUAUACUGUAUGGCGAACAGUGCAGGUCAUGAUCAGACUACACGGAUGUGCAAGCUGAUCAUGAUCUACACUGGUCGCAAAGGUAGAACCAAUCGUGUCCAGCAUCAUUCAAUUUGAAAAGGGUUAAUUUAGAAAUACCUUUAGAACUAUUGUUUGGUCCACCUUAUCUGUGACAGGGUUUUUUUCAUGAGACAGCUUUAUUGUGCAAGAUCUGUAUAAACUUUAUUUCAUUCUAAAGGUCUUCAAGGUUGGGUUUAGGAUCUUCUUAAAUUUUCAAAAUAACUUUAAUAUUGUCAAUUUUAUGGCCAAAAAAAAUAUUUUUACAAAUGUAAAACUCUGUAAAUCACAAUACUAAAAAAAUAUUCUUUAAAAAUUUGAAUGGAAUUUUUACAUGGAAUUGAUGCUUUAAUACUGACUUAGAUAUGUUUUGUAGCAAUCUGUUAAAAAAUAAAGUCAAAAACCUUGUUAUGGAGAAGAUGGAUCCAACAGACGAUGGUACUUGUGGUAAAGCGUCCAGGGCUGAGUGGUUAAGGUCUCUGACUUCAGAAAACUUGCCCCUCACCGAUGUGGGUUUGAGCCUCUUGGGCAUGUUGGGGUGUUGAAUUCUUCAUAUGAGGAAAUUAUCCAGCUGACUUAUGGAAGGUCGAAGGUUCUACCCGGUUACCCAUCCGUGCAGAGGGACACUUAUGGUCUUCCUCCACUUUCAAAGCUGGAAAGUUACCUGACCAAUUGGCACAGUUGGCACAAUGUUAAACCCAACAAAAACAAAAACAAGUCAAGAGUACUUAAUACAUUUGGUGCUUCAGGAAUAAAGUGUAUGCAAGUGACAUAACUUUACAUUUAAAAUGUAACAUUUGAAUCACCUUGCACUCGGGGCGUUGAAUUCUUCAUUUGAGGAAGCAUCCAGCUGGCUUACGAAAGGUCGGUGGUUCUACCCAGGUGCCCGCCCGUGAUGAAAUAAUGCACAGAGGUGCACCUGGUGUCUUCCUCCACCAUCAAAGCUGGAAAGUUGCCAUAUGCCCUAUAAUUGUGUCGGUGCAAAGUUAAACCCAACAAAAUGAAUCACAUUGUGAAGUCAUGCCAUUGAAUCAGAUUUUAAUUAAUUUUUAAUUUAAUAAUAGUUUUCAUACCUUUAAUAUAAUUGUAUUAAAUUGUUUGUUUGAUGUUAUGAAGAUACCAAUAAAGCUGUUAAUACUGAAA